GUGACAGAGCAAGACUGUCUCCAAAAAAAAAAAAAAAAACUUCUUAAUGUAGAUUUUACCUGGCAUGAAAAGUGCCCACACUCUGGAUUACUGACUGUUCUUUAAACAGUAUGGGCCGGGCACGGUGGCUCACACCUGUAAUCCCUGCACUUUAGGAAGCCAGGGCAGGCAAAUCAGUUGAGGUCAGGAGUUUGAGACCAGCCUGGCCAACGUGGUGACACCCCGUUUUUACUAAAAAUACAAAGAUUAGCCGGGUGUGAUGGCAGGCGCCUGUAAUCCCAUCUACUUGGGAGGCUGAGGCAGGAGAAUCACUUGAACCUGGGAGGCGGAAGGUGUGCAGUGAGCCGAGAUCGAACCACUGCACUCUAGGCUGGGCAACAGACAAGACUCCGUCUCAAAAAAAAAAAAAAAAAAUUUAGGGCUGUGCGCAGUGGCUCACACCUGUAAUCCCAGCACUUUGGGAGGCUGAGGCGGGUGGAUCACCUGAGGUUGGGAGUUUGAGGCCAGCCUGACCAACAGGGAGAAACCCCAUCUCUACUAAAAAUAAAAAAUUAGCCGGGUGUGGUGGCGCAUGCCUGUAAUCCCAGCUACUCAAGAGGCUGAGGCAGGAGAAUUGCUUGAACCCGGGAGGCGGAGGUUGUGGUGAGCCAAGAUGGCGCCAUUGCACUCCAGCCUGGGCAACAAGAGCGAAACUCCAUCUCAAAAAAAAUAAAAAAUAAAAAAUUUUUAAAAUAAACAGUAUGAUCCCACACUGUUCUCUCUGCCUAUUUAAGGUGUUUAGAGCUGGCCCCUUGUUCAGAUCUUAGUGCAGACUUCAGCUCAAGAGCUUUUCCUGACAACCCUAUCAGCCUGGGCCCCACCCUCCCUUUUAUCGUAGUCUCAGCAUCCUCUUCUCCUUAAUAACACCUUUGAGAUGAUAUAUUUGUUUACUGACUUUGGGACUCUUCCCCGCCAUAGACUGAGUCCCCUGAGAGCAGAGCUGAGAUCUGAGUUGUGCAUGACUGUAUCUAUAAGCCAUAUCCAACUGGCUGCCUGUUUUUGUGAGCCAGGAAGGUUUUUCAAAGAUGAACAUGUGCCAUCCAAUUGACAACAGGAAAUACAACUGGGAGCCCCAAUUAAGUGAAAUGUUAUCUCCCAAAAUAAUUCCACUCUUAUGAAUAGACUUGGGUCUUAGUCCAUUUUGCAUCGCUAUAAAAGAACACCUGAGACUGAGCAAUUUUUAAAGAACAGAAAUUUAUUUCUUACAGUUCUGGAGGCUGAUAUCCAAAGUCAAGGGCCUUCUUGCUGGUGGGGACUCUGCAGAGUCUUGAGGUAGCACAGGGCAUCACAUGGCUAGCAGGGUGUGUGCAAGCUCAGGUCUCUCUUCCCUUUUUUUUGAAACGGAGUCCUGCUCUGUUGCCCAGGCUGGAGUGCAGUGGCCCGAUUUUGGCUCACUGUAACCGCCACCUCAACCUUUGCCUCCCGGAUCCAAGUGAUUCUUGUGCCUCAGCCUCCCAAGUAGAUGGGAUUACAGGCGUCCGCCACCACGCCCGGCUAAUUUUUGUAUUUUUAGUAGAGAUGGGAUUUCUCCAUGUUGGCCAGGCUGGUCUCAAACUUCUGACCUCAGGUGAUCUGCGUGCCUUGGCCUCCCAAAGUGCUGGAAUUACAGGCAUGAGCCACUGAGCCUGGCCUUUCUUCCUCUUUUUAUUUUAUUUUAUUUAUUUAUUUAUUUUUUUGAGACGGAGUCUCACUCUGUCGCCCAGGCUGGAGUGCAGUGGUGCGAUCUCGGCUCACUGCAAGCUCCGAACCAGUCCCACUCCCAUGAUAACCUAUUUAUCCAUUAAUAUAUGAAUGGCAGGACGUCAUAAUCCAAUCACCUCUUAAAAGGCCCCACCUCUUAAUACCGUUUCACUGGGGAUUAGGAACAAGCAUUCAAACUGUAGCAACUUGUAUUUAAGAAACUACUCAGUUAUCAUAUUUUGAUUUUCACCAACAAAAAUUUUAUGAACUUUUCUUUCUGGUUAUAGAAAUACCUAAAUAAGGCUGGGUAGGGUGGCUCACACCUGUAAUCCCAGCACUUUGGGAGGCCAAGGCAGGCAGAUCAUGUGAGGUCAGGGGUUCCAGACCAGCAUGGCCAACGUGGUGAAACCCCAUCUCUACUAAAAAUGCAAAAAUUAGCCGGGCAUGGUGGUGCGCACCCGUAGUCCCAGCUCCCCUGGAGGCUGAGGCAGGAGAAUUGCUUGAGCACGGGAGGCAGAGGUUGCAGUGAGCCGAGAUCACACCACUGCACUCCAGCUUGGGCGAGAGAGAGCAAGACUGUGUCUCAAUAAAAAAAAACCAAACACUUAAAUUAAGAUCCUCGAUCUUCAUGAGAAAAUAUGAACUAGAGGACAUUUAGAAAAAAAAAAAAAAUCCUUGAUCUUGCCUCUUGACCUGCAGAGUCUAAAAUAUUUGCUUUCUGUCCCUUUUAUACAAAAAGUUUGUUGAUUCCUAGCCUACAGCAACACUUGAUGUAGAGUUGUCAAUCCGUAAGCGUCUGGUGGAAAAAUGCUGUAACAAUAAAAAUGAAACUAAUCUAAAAUACAUGUGCAUUUAUUUGCACAGAAAAAAACAGGCUGGGUAAAGUAGCUCAUGCCUAUAAUCCUAGCACUUUGGGAGGCCGAGGCGGGAGGAUUACUUGAGCACAGGAGUUCAGGGCUAGUGAGCUAUGAUCAUGACACUGCACUCCAGCGUGGGCCACAGAGCAAGACCUUGUCUCAAGGAAAAAAAAAAAGCGGCGGGGGAGGGCAGGUAUAGCCAACUAAGCAUUAACCAUCUCAGGAGGAUCAGUUUAUAUCGGACGUCCACAGCAGAAAUUUGCUGCUUCUGGCUAUCUUUUCCCCACAAUUAGCAAGGGUUAGCUUCAUUAUUUUAGAGGCAACCCAACUGCAUCUUUUAGAAAGGCGCUGUGCCCUCUAGGCCAGCAAUUUGAGGGUAUGGGUUGGGGGGUACCCCGCCCCAAAGUCUUCCUGACCAAAGAGUGGAGCGGAAGAAAGCCAGCAGGAGGAUGUUUUGAACCUACAUACGUCCAGCUGCAAUCCCUGUCAAGCUCGUCGCCCCCAGUUCUGCUCCACCUCCGGUCCGGCGGGGGAGAAUGUGACAGUCGCCGCAGCCCGGGAUCCACCUGGACGCACCUCACCUCGUAGUCUCCUCACUGUGCCCACGAAAGGAAACAGAGACUCUGGCCCAGGCACGAAGUCCCCAGGCCCCUGGUCGCCCGGAGGUAGCAACCAGCCAGCCCGUCGGGCUGCGACGCCGACCAAGGGGCACGCCCCGCACCCCCCGGUCUCGACUAACAGCCACCCGAGCCGUUCCAGCCUUUCCGCGGCGCCGCGCGACUGGGACCCACUCUGCGCAACUGUCAGGAAACUUCUGCGCGUGCGCCUCGCUAGCCCCUCCCGCGCGCCAGGCAUCGCGCGGCUUCUUCCCGCCCGCCUCCCGUUCUCACUUCCGGAGUUUCCCAGCGACGGCCGUAAGUGGCGGGCGGAAGCGGCCCUAGAAGCCCGCCGUAAACGGCUCCCUCGCGCCACUUCCGGCCGGCUUCUGCAGACGGCGCUGGUGGUCGAUCGUGUGGCGCCGGAGGACGUUCCCCGCGGCCGGAGCCAUGGAGAUGCCGCUGCCCCCCGAUGACCAGGAGCUUCGAAAUGUCAUCGACAAGCUCGCCCAGUUCGUGGCUCGCAAUGGGCCCGAGUUUGAGAAGAUGACUAUGGAGAAGCAGAAGGACAACCCCAAAUUCUCGUUUCUUUUCGGAGGCGAAUUCUACAGUUACUACAAGUGCAAGCUGGCGCUGGAGCAGCAGCAGCUCAUCUGCAAGCAGCAGACCCCGGAGCUGGAGCCAGCCACCACCAUGCCGCCCCUGCCACAGCCCCCGCUGGCCCCCGCCGCACCCAUCCCGCAGGCCCAGGGCGCGCCAUCCAUGGACGAGCUCAUCCAGCAGAGCCAGUGGAACCUCCAGCAGCAGGAGCAGCACUUGCUGGCGCUCAGACAGGAGCAAGUGACAGCAGCCGUGGCCCACGCGGUGGAGCAGCAGAUGCAGAAGCUUCUGGAGGAGACCCAGCUAGACAUGAACGAGUUUGACAACCUGCUGCAGCCCAUCAUCGACACGUGCACCAAGGACGCCAUCUCGGCCGGGAAGAACUGGAUGUUCAGCAAUGCCAAGUCCCCGCCACACUGUGAGCUGAUGGCCGGCCACCUCCGGAACCGCAUCACAGCUGACGGGGCGCACUUCGAGCUGCGGCUGCACCUCAUCUACCUGAUCAACGACGUGCUGCACCACUGCCAGCGCAAGCAGGCCCGGGAGCUGCUGGCCGCUCUGCAGAAGGUCGUGGUGCCCAUCUACUGCACCAGCUUCUUGGCCGUGGAGGAAGACAAGCAGCAGAAGAUCGCCCGGCUCCUGCAGCUCUGGGAGAAAAACGGCUACUUCGAUGACUCCAUUAUUCAGCAGCUACAGAGCCCAGCCCUGGGGCUUGGUCAGUACCAGGCCACCCUCAUCAACGAGUACUCCUCAGUGGUCCAGCCGGUGCAGCUGGCCUUCCAGCAGCAGAUCCAGACCCUCAAGACGCAGCACGAGGAGUUCGUCACCAGCCUGGCCCAGCAGCAGCAGCAGCAGCAACAGCAGCAGCAGCAGCUCCAGAUGCCGCAGAUGGAGACUGAAGUCAAGGCCACACCUCCACCGCCUGCCCCACCCCCAGCCCCAGCACCUGCCCCUGCCAUCCCGCCCACCACCCAGCCUGAUGACAGCAAGCCUCCCAUCCAGAUGCCUGGCUCUUCAGAGUACGAAGCCCCAGGAGGGGUCCAGGAUCCUGCAGCCGCCGGCCCCCGGGGCCCCGGGCCACACGACCAGAUCCCACCAAACAAGCCCCCUUGGUUUGACCAGCCUCACCCCGUGGCUCCUUGGGGCCAGCAGCAGCCGCCAGAGCAGCCGCCCUACCCGCACCACCAGGGCGGCCCACCCCACUGCCCCCCCUGGAACAACAGCCACGAGGGCAUGUGGGGCGAGCAGCGCGGUGACCCCGGCUGGAACGGCCAGCGCGACGCGCCCUGGAACAACCAGCCCGAACCCGCCUGGAACAGCCAGUUCGAGGGCCCCUGGAACAGCCAGCACGAGCAGCCACCCUGGGGCGGGGGCCAGCGCGAGCCGCCGUUCCGCAUGCAGCGGCCCCCACACUUCCGGGGGCCCUUCCCGCCCCACCAGCAGCACCCGCAGUUCAACCAGCCUCCGCACCCCCACAACUUCAACCGCUUCCCCCCCCGCUUCAUGCAGGACGACUUCCCGCCACGGCACCCUUUCGAGCGGCCGCCCUAUCCCCACCGCUUCGACUACCCCCAGGGGGACUUCCCUGCCGAAAUGGGGCCCCCUCACCACCACCCUGGCCACCGCAUGCCUCAUCCUGGCAUCAACGAGCACCCGCCCUGGGCUGGACCCCAGCACCCUGACUUCGGCCCUCCCCCCCACGGCUUCAACGGGCAGCCCCCACACAUGCGGCGACAGGGCCCGCCCCACAUCAACCACGAUGACCCCAGCCUGGUCCCCAACGUGCCCUACUUCGAUCUCCCUGCUGGGCUGAUGGCACCCCUCGUGAAGCUGGAAGAUCACGAGUACAAGCCUUUGGACCCUAAAGACAUACGUCUCCCGCCCCCCAUGCCGCCCAGCGAGAGGCUGCUGGCUGCAGUGGAGGCCUUCUACAGCCCCCCGUCCCACGACAGGCCCAGGAACAGUGAAGGCUGGGAGCAGAACGGCCUCUAUGAGUUCUUCCGAGCAAAAAUGCGGGCCCGGCGGAGGAAAGGCCAGGAGAAGAGGAACAGCGGACCCUCGAGGUCUCGGAGCAGAUCCAAGAGUCGAGGGCGUUCUUCCUCCCGCUCCAACUCAAGAUCCUCCAAGUCUUCAGGCUCGUACUCAAGGUCAAGGUCGCGCUCCUGCUCCCGUUCCUACUCCCGCUCCAGAUCUAGAAGUCGGAGCAGGUCACGCUCCUCCAGAAGCCGCUCCCGGUCCCAGUCGCGGUCCCGGUCCAAGUCGUACUCCCCAGGAAGAAGACGCCGGUCACGGUCCAGGAGCCCCACCCCGCCUUCCUCUGCUGGUCUGGGUUCUAAUUCGGCGCCUCCCAUCCCUGACUCAAGGCUCGGAGAAGAGAACAAAGGCCAUCAGAUGCUGGUGAAGAUGGGCUGGAGUGGCUCUGGCGGCCUCGGUGCGAAGGAGCAAGGGAUCCAGGACCCCAUCAAGGGCGGGGACGUCCGGGAUAAGUGGGACCAGUAUAAAGGCGUGGGCGUGGCUCUGGACGACCCCUAUGAGAACUACCGCAGGAACAAGAGCUACUCCUUCAUCGCCCGCAUGAAGGCCAGGGACGAGUGUAAGUAGGCGCCCAUGCCGGGAGCCACGCCGGUGGCCAGCGGUGCCGGCUGUGGGACCUUCCUGGCUGACUGGCAGUGGAAGAUCGCAGUGACCGCUCAGUUCUCACACCGUCUCCACUUGUGGAGAGAAGGAAGACCAGCGCAUGCCCAGUGGGAACACCGUGCUCCAUGGCGUGGAGGGCACGGGUGCCACCCACAAACCACACCAGGAGGCGCUGCAGCCACCAGGGCCCCAGGCUCGUUUUCCUUUAUAGUGAAGCAAGAAACACAAGACCCUCCGCCCCGAGUAAAUUCUUCACCCACGAAGGGAUGGAUGUGCAUCUGCCCUAAGUCAGAUUGAAGCCUCCUCCUAGGCUCCAGGAGGAGCAUGUGCAGGAGGGGUUGGCCUGGGCCAGAGCCGGCACCCCAGCUCCUUCCUCCAGCUCCCGGCACCCACCGGCCCUGACCUGGCUUCCCCUUGGCUGUGUAGGGACAAAGCUGAAGCCCAGUGCCAUGACUGCCCGCGGAUUGAAAAACAGAAACACAGAACUUUGACUUGACUUGCAAAGUGAAGCAGGGUUUUCAUUUUUACUCUCCUUGGUUUAGGUCUAGAAAGAAUAUCGACCUGAGAGGAGGCUCAGUGAGAUUCUGAAACCCAGUUCUUCGAAGGUGUACUGGCCCUUAGUUCAGUUAUUUUAGUUGUUUAAGUUGAUUUUUUUUUUCUGGAAUGUAGCCAUUUGCUGUUAUCUGGGAAACAAGAUUCUAACAGGAAACCAGCCUAAGACACUUCAGGUCGAGCGCUGCCUCGGACUCUGUGCCCGUCGCGUCCCCUGCUUGAGUUUCGCACUUGGAAGAACCCUGCACCAGCUGGUGUGUGCGACGACGGCCCAGUCCCAUCCAGAGCAUGGGACCUGACCCCAGCCAGCGCCUUCCACUCCAUCAUUUCAUUUCACACCCGCAAAGGGAGGGGAGGCCAGGAGGGGAGCUGCUCCUGCCAGAAGCUGGUGGGUGACCGUUUGGGAAUUGGCCACACCUGGUGUCCAUGGGCAGCCUGGUGCAGUGCCAUUCAUUUGUACAGAAACAUUUUUGAAAAAUUCUUUUCAAUAAGAUGCGAAAUCUUCCAACUUUUCAACCCAACGUGAUGAAUAUUUGAUUUUGUUCUAGAUUUCCUGUAGCUGUGAAUUGUUAAAAUGUAUGAUUCAGGAUAAAACGUAAACACGUGCUGUUAGUAAUUUCUUGUGGAUUUCAUUGUUUUGCCUUCAAAUAAAGCCUUUUUUUAAAGAC